UGGCAAGAUGGUGUCUCGUAAGAGGAAGCAGAAGGCGGGCGACCACGAGGGGAGUAUACCGAGCCCACCCGGGUAUUCAGCUGUUCCGGUCAACUUCUCAGAAAAGCAACAUGCUUCUCAUUACCUCUACAUGAGACAGCACAGAGUUCGCCAAGGCACGCAGUCCACAUGGCCUCCCGAUCGGACCCUUUUCAUCCUCAAUGUGCCCCCAUACUGCACACAGGAUAGCCUGCGUCAGUGUUUGUCCUCCUGCGGCGCCAUCAAGACAGUAGAGCUGCAGGAGAAGCCUGACCUUGCCGAGAGCCCAAAGGAGCCAAAGUCACCGUUCUUUCAUCCCAAGCGUGUGCCGGGCUUUCAGGUGGCUUAUGUGGUGUUCCAGAAGCCAAGUGGAGUGUCAGCUGCUUUGAACCUGAAGGGCCCAUUGCUGCUUUCUACAGAGAGCCACCCUGUGAAGAACGGAAUUCACAAGUGGAUCAGUGACUACGAAGAUUCUGUGGUGGACCCCGAGGCCCUGAGGAUCGAAGUAGACACAUUCAUGGAGGCCUAUGACAAGAAGAUAGCUGAGGAGGAGGCUAAGGCCAAGGAGGAGGAGGGAGUCCCUGAUGAGGAGGGCUGGGUGAAGGUGACCCGCCGGGGCCGCAGGCCUGUGCUCCCUCGGACGGAAGCGGCCAGCCUGCGUGUUCUCGAGAAGGAGAAACGGAAGCGAGCCCGCAAGGAGCUGCUCAACUUCUAUGCCUGGCAGCACCGAGAGACCAAGAUGGAGCACUUAGCACAGCUGCGGAAGAAGUUUGAGGAGGACAAGCAGAGGAUCGAACUGAUGCGUGCCCAGCGCAAAUUCCGACCCUACUGAGCUGUUCUGGCAAGCAGAUACCAGACCAAGAAGUAGCUUGGUCCCAGCUUGAAACAGCUUGAAGCUGUUUCCCCCAGUUUCAUCUUUGCAACCACACAGGCUGGAAGGGCAGGGCUUGCCUUGUAGGAGGAUUUGGCCUUCACAGAGCUGCCUCUGCCCUCUCCUGCCUGUAAAGACACUCCCGGGAAACCUGGCUGACCGUCUGACGAGCUGGCCUUCCACAAAGCCCCUGAUGGCAGUGGCCGCUUGGAACGCAGUGAAGACGGGAGAUGAUUUUAUUUCUACACAGCUGGUGGCAAGGACAGGUCCCAGAAGCCUCUGAGUCCAGAGGGCCUCUGCUUCCUUAGCACCACCGGCUCAGCAAACACCCAGUCCCCUUCUCAAAGUCACAGAUAAGACCAGAGUCUUCCCUGCCCCCAGCUCUGCUGAAGGAUUCUCUGCUGCCUCUCUUGGUCUGGAAGCCCAGUGAGACUCACGCCCACCCCAGCUAUUUUGUGGCAUGAGAGUGCUCAAGAUCCAGUGGAAGCCAGGAAGCCAACAGGGCCUCAGACCAGAGCUACAGCCUAGAAGAGGUCUUCCUCGGUAGACCCUGGAGGAAGGGGCUGAUAAUUGCAGCCACAGUCUGGGGCUUGUUCAUGUGGAUGUAGUGAUUGCCUGGGACUUCCACAUACUGGAACCGCUGGAAAAAGGGGUGGGUGGUGAGAUACUGCCCACCCAGGGGACUCCCAUGUGGGUCAGAGGCAACCUCUGACUGGCCCUUGUCUGUUCACAGCCUGGGGACUUGGAGGCUGUCACGGGAAUGUGGGUGUCCGAGCUGUGAAGCUAUUGUAUAUAUUAUACGGGGGCAGCUACAGUCAGGGUCACUGCCAGCUCUGUUAGAGAUAAAGCCCUCAAAGAAAAGCAGGCUACUGCAGGAGCUUGCCAAAUAGGAGAGCCCUUCCCCCACCCACACUUUGUGAUAGCAUUAGGCUGCAUGUAGAGAGCCAGGCUUAGGGGAUUCUAAGUGGUGAAGACCAUAAAGGGCCAGGACCCACACAGGCCUCCCCCUACCCUGGAGCCAUAACAUCUGUCAGCGUACUGGUCCCAGGAGCAACAGAGGCAAGUGCAGGACCGCUGGGCGGGGCACCUCAGAAUUAAGCCUGUCUGGGAGCUAGGGGAGGAUAAUAAAAUUCUGCCAACAAAA